AUGGCGGCUGCUCAAGUUAUAGAGGAGCUGAGCUGCUCCGUGUGCCGGGAGAUUUAUACAGAGCCUGUAACCCUCCCGUGUGGCCAUAACUUCUGCCUGAGAUGUAUUGAGAGAACAUGGGAAGGUGAGAAGAGGAAUUUUGGGGAUAAUCCCUCGUGCCCUGAAUGUCGGCGGAGAUAUGGGAAACGUCCUGCACUGAACAAGAACAUGACUGUGUGUAACAUAGCAGAGCGAUUUCAUGUGACUGACCCACAUCAUGGCGACAUAUGGAUCCCCUGCACUUACUGUGACCCCCCUGUAGCUGCUGCUGAAUCCUGUUGGUACUGUCAGGUGUCUGUGUGUUCUUAUCAUGUGCGGCUACACAGCAAGUCAAUAGUACAUACAUUAACUCUACCAACUGCUUCAUUCUGGCACAGCAAAUGCUCCGCACACAGCGAACUGCUCCGAUAUGUCUGUACUGAGGACGGGGCCUGUGUCUGUGUGUCCUGCUGUCUGGCUGGGGAGCACCGGGGACACAGGGUGGAGCUGCUGAAUGAGGAGAAUAUGGAGAAAUACAUUCAAGUGAUGCGCUAUUCAGAGCUGAAAUACAAAGAGAACUGCUCCGUGUGCCGGGAGAUUUAUACGGAGCCUGUAACACUACCGUGUGGCCACAGCUUGUGCCUGAGUUGUAUUGAGAGAACAUGGGACUGGCAGAGAGAGAGGAAGAAACGUUGCCCUGAAUGUGGCCAGAGAUACAGGAAAGAGCCUCAGCUUAAGACAAAUGUGACUCUAUGUAACUCAGCAAAGCCUUUUCUUCUCUACAAAAAGACUGGGACCCGCCCUAUGUCUGCAGUGAAGUGGGAUUCGUGUCUGACCUGCUCCGUGUGCCGGGAGAUUUAUACAGAGCCGGUAACCCUGCCGUGUGGCCAUAACUUCUGUCAGGACUGUAUUGGGAGAACAUGGAAAGAGCAGAGAGAGAAGAGUAGAACUCCUUCCUGCCCUGAAUGUGGAGACAGAUGUAUGAUCUUCCCUGGACUGUACAAGAACCCCAGUCUGGGUCACAUUGUGCAGAGAUUCACUCAGAGCGAUACUUUCCUCUCAGUCUUCUGCACUUACUGUCUCCACUCAGUUGUCCCCUCAGCUGUUCCAGCAACUAAAUCCUGCCUGCACUGUGCCGCCUCUCUGUGUGAGGAUCAUGUGACACAGCACAGCCAAUCACCAGAACAUGAAUUAACUGACCCCGCCACAAGAUGCUCCGCCCACCAGGAGCUGCUGAGAUAUUUCUGCACUGAGGACGGGGCCCGUGUCUGUGUGUCCUGCUGUCUGGCUGGGGAGCACCGGGGACACAGGGUGGAGCUGCUGAAUGAGGCCACAGACAUAAGAAAUAUUCAAGCCAAACUCAUCUGCUCCGUGUGCCGGGAGAUUUAUACAGAGCCAGUAACCCUGCAGUGUGGCCAUAACUUCUGCCUGAGAUGUAUUGAGAGAACAUGGGAAGAGCAGAGGGAGAAGAGAGAAGAUCCUUCCUGCCCUGAAUGCAGACAGACAUGUAUGAGACAGACAGAAGUGAGCAAGAACCAUUCAAUGUAUAACAUAGUGCAGUUACUUGUGCCUGAGCAGCAUCAUGGUGCCACCUCUUGUGUAUCCAAGCACAGCAAGUCAGCAGAACAUGUCUCAUCUGAACCCAGCGCUUCCCAAACAAACUGCUCCGCACACAGCGAACUGCUCCGAUAUCUCUGCACUGAGGAUGGGGCCCGUGUCUGUGUGUCCUGCUGUCUGGCUGGGGAGCACCGGGGACACAGGGUGCAAAUGUUCCAUCAGGAGGAAAUAAGAAACGGUUUUAGUAAGCUAAGUCUAGAUACUGAUAUGUAUGAGUGGGGCCUUUGACUAUAUAAAGGCACAAGGCUGCAGGCUGAGUUAUACAGGGAACUCUGAGUAUCACUCAUGUAUUAUAA